AGCAUCGUGCUUGAUUAGCUUACAGAGUAUCCGUGUAUAAUUCGUGUUCUAAAUAAUGGAAUUUAACGGACGAUUUAUUGUGUUGAUAUUGUUUGUUAUCACUCGGGUAAACUCACUAGCUUAUGACGUUCACUGGCUCAGUGGGCCUGCUACUAUUGAACGUGAUGUGCAGCCGUUGAAGCAAACUAUUGAUAUAUACUGUUACACUGGAACACCAAAGAAUUUAUUAACCUUGUGGCAAACUGUGAAGUUCCAUAUAAAGAUAAAAAAUGAUGAAUUCAGCCAGUACUUUGGUGACAAUCCAGAACAAGUUUACAAAGAUUACACGGAAGAUAGUUAUUAUCGAUUCCAAAAGAAAUUAUACAAGAGUGUGUCGCUGGAUAUUUUCACAUCAACAUGUAUGGCCGUCAAUACAAAAGAGAAACACAGCAUUGAAUUACAUAUUCAAAGGGUGGAUCUCUGGCGUGUUCUGAUGAUGGUUGUGGGUGCCGCCCUUAUAUUUACGUCUCGUACUUUGAGCGGCAAUCCCGUAUUCUUCUACCUUUGCGGCAUCGUAAUUGGUGUAUCAGCAUCGUUCAUGGUUUUCGUGUACUACAUAAGCAGGUUCAUACCAGGGAGAACAUUUACCUAUGGUUUAUUAAUCGGCGGUUGGACGGUAGGGGUGUAUCUCGUGCAGCAAAUGUGGGAGAACAUACGGAGCAUCAUGGCAGCUUAUCAAUCAUACAUUUUCUGGUAUAUUCUGAUGGUUGGCUUCAUCAGCUUCGUGGUCUGCUACAGAAUCGGACCACCGAAGAAUCAGAGAAGCAAAAAUCUUGUCAUGUGGACUUUGCAGGGUGUAGGCGUAGUCGUGAUUAUAUUCAGCAGUCAAUAUCAAGAAGCAUCAACAGCUGUGACCGUCAUCACGCUGGGAACCAAGUAUUUCCCGAAAUCGAUUCUCUACUAUAUACAGGGUUACUGGCGGCGCCGCUUCCCGCCCAAGCCGCGCCUGCUGUCGAGCGAGGAGUACUACGAGCAGGGCGCGCGCGAGACGCAGCGCGCGCUGGACGGCCUGCGCCGCUACUGCGCCAGCCCCGACUGCCAGCAGUGGAGCGUCAUGCUGCGCCUGCACGACGCCAAGCGGUUUGCUAGUUUCGUGGAAGGUAAUUCACACCUGAACGACGAUGAAGUCAUAGACUAUGAAUCGUAUGCGUUCUCGAUGGAACAUUCGAAGCCGGUCGCGAACUCCACCAGGAAUAUGGAGAUAUCCGAUGACGACUCGUCGGAGUAUGGAGACGAAGAUUGAAUUAAUUUUCAAUCGAUUGGUGAUUCUAAUAAAAACGUAACGAUUCUCGAAAUAUUGGUCGUCGAAGUGACGAAGUCGUGUUGGACUAGGCUCGACCCGGUUUCUCCGGACAUCGCCCCGUUUUUGAAGGAUUUUGGGGGUUUCUUAAACGUGAUUUGCGUAACGUAAACAAAUAUAGCAUCUACGAAGGAUGGAUAUAUUCAUAUUCAUUUCAAGUAUUUUUUAAUAUUCAUAUUUUUUCAGUCACAAUUUUUUAAAUUUAUUACUACUUAAAAAGUCUGAAUAUAUUUUUUUUGUUGGAUACAUUUUAUUAUCUGUGUCUUAAAAUAACUUAACUUUACAUUGACAUUUUCUACUCUGACAUUAGUAUGUUUUUCUUUCUUGAAAUUGAAAGAGUAACUAUACUUUCUUAUAAGCUAAAUUUAUUUCUUAAUUCCUAUAAAAUUAGUGUUAUAAUACUGUUACUGGCAGUUAUACCCGCGUUUAAUUUAAAUUUUUCUGUUAUAUAACAAGUUAAUACUAUUAGCCUAGAUCCUUCUACAAUAAACCUACAGCAAAAAUCUUAUGUAUUUUGAUCGGACUAAUUCGAGGAUCUACUGUUCCUAUAAUCGUCCCGCUUGAAAAUUUUAGUAUGGAUAUUAGAUCUCAUUUAUCAUAUCUAGAUUAUUAUAUUUUUAAUAAGCAUGUUGCCUUCAUUGGCACUUAUAUCUCAGUUACAAUAUACAAUUUACACGAUCAAAUUCUAAACAAGCUUAUGCGUUAAACUUCUACUUAGUUUAUGUAUAUUUUGUGACAAAUGAAAUGUAAACGGCUAAAUUAACUCCUUGGAACUUUUUCAUGUAUAUACAUGGCGACAUAAGCCUUAUUUUCUUUUCGGCUUCAGUUUCUCGUAACAACUAGUUUAUUAUAACAGCACAACGACCUUAUCUCCUGCCAAGGAAUAAGAUCCAUUUAUUCCAGCUUUUGUUUUGUAUACACUUGUGGCAUAGCUAUAUCCUGUGCCGAUACCAAUGUUUUCCUCUAUCACCAGGCACAAGAUGAAUAAUAAUUAAAAAUGAAGCAUGUGGAGGCCAAAGGUGCUUAAUGACUGGACUUGACAUAUAUUCUGUCCAAUUAGCCAUCUCGAGGAAUAAGGACUUAUUUAGAGCUUGGUAUUAAACAAUGUACUAACUGCAUGUCCAGGUGUCCUACAAGCAAAAUUUACCCAUGUAAUUUCCAUUAGAAAUUUCCAAAACUCCUUCUCUUAUCAGAUACUAAGUGACUGAUGUUCAUAAUUUAAAUUUUUUUAUGCUCAAUAGUUUUUACUAUGCGUUGGUAGUUAGAACAAAUGUUUUUUAUAAUCAUCAAUUCAUUCAUAGCAUUGCCAUAACAUUACUUUUAAUAAAGUAAAUAUACCUCACAGAGAAAACCACUGAGGAUUUGUUCCAAAUAUUCGGUUGAUGCACAAAAACUGGUUUUGUUAGUUAUUAUUUAUUUCUUACAAUUAUUGUAUUACAAAGAUGUUAUAAAUUGACAAAAUAACAUUUAAGUUAGCACCAUGUGUUCGUGUUUAAUAAAUAUAUGAAUUUGUGUGAUUUUAUUAUAACAAUUAUUGUGUUCCUUAUAUUUUAAGAUACAAAUAAAUUUUUAAUUACUAAA